AUGGCAGAUUUACUCGGCAGUAUUUUGGGAUCCAUGGAGAAGCCUCCUUCGGUUGGGGACAAGGAGAAAAAGCAGGCGCAGGAGAGGAAGAAACGCUUAGAGAAACUACAAACAGAAGAAAAGAAGAAGAAAAACGAGUUCAGGGAGAGGAUUGAAAAAGAAGUCAACGAGUUCAUCAAUGACAGCAGCCGGACAAGACUUCGAUAUGAACCCAUGGAGAGAAUAUAUAGAUCUAUUGUGCACGAUGUGGCAGAAGUAGCAGGCCUCACAUCUUUUUCCUUUGGUGAAAUGGAUGACAAUAGGUUCAUCAUUCUUUUUAAAAAGGAGUUUGCUCCAACAGAUGAUGAACUUGAUGCUUAUCGGCGAGGAGAGACGUGGGAUGCAGAGAAAGCAAAAGAACUUGCCAAACAAAAGUUGUUAGCAGAAGAAGACCAGAGGCGUCACCAGGCCAGCAAUCCUCAUGUGUUCACCCCUGCCUCAAACUACAGGGAUAAAUACAAGAGUAUCAUCGGUGAGGAGAGUGCUAAAGACGCUGCCAAGAACCUCACACCCAACAAGCAGUUUGGAAACGUUCCCAGUGAGAACAAGAUGGACAAGAGAUCAGUUGAGGAGACCUUAGAUGCAAUCCGGCAGAAGAAGAAGCAGAAGAUAGGAGAGCAGGCAGCUUCCACCAGCCAAGACAGAUGA